GGGAGCCAGGGGAUUGCACCUGUUUCAUUCCAGCUCCCGGAGGACAGAGGGAGGAGACCUGCAUCUCCCAUUAGCUACCUUUUCCCUAGCACACUUCUCCGCCUUCGCAGAUCGUACUUGUUGGCGCGCUUCACUGAGACAUGGGGAUGUGGAGACCAAUCCCCUGGACCUUCUUAGGCUGCUGGGUGUGGAUUCUACACACCUGCGCAGACCCGGGGCCCACCUCUGCUGUCCCAGCUCCUCCAGAGAAUGAGCUCACCCCUGGAGCCGGGUCUUCCCCCAAUGGCGGAGCGCGGUUUGCUCCGUGCUGCAAGCCUGGCAGCCCCGGAGACAGCAAUCACCUCGGCAGCACAAGCUCCUCUGUCCCUGUCCGACAUGGCGGCCAACGCCGGCGUGACCACGUUGCCUGGAGAAAGCGCCAUUUCAAGCGGCCACGCCAGCGAAGCCGGCUCCUCCUUUCCGGCAGAGGUAGCAACAGCUAGUUUGGUGUCAGCGGUGAAUGGGGACAAUGUAAAUUCUGCCCCUGAAACAGUGUCUUCCCCGCCAGAGCCAGGGGCCAGCGGAGGUGAAGCAGCCGAGAUCCCGACAGAAGAAGCAGAGACUUCAGCGAGGGCGACAAACCCUUCGCACGCCUCUUCAGAAAACGGGACAGUUGCCACGACUCCAGCAGGAGAAGCAGCCAUCACGUUGGCCUUCUUCUACUCCAGCCCAACAGACCCUCACCCGACCCUCUUCUUACCUGCCGAGCUGGAGGUAACGAGAUCCGUUCCUGGCGCGCUCCCCGGUGUCACCACCUCCUCUUCUCUCUCUGCAGCUGCUGAGAACGGGAGAGCCACACCCGGCACUGGAGGGGGACCAGAGGACUUGGCAUCCACUGGCACUGCUGUGUCCAGUGGAAGGCCUCUUUCUCCAUCGGUGGGAGAGACGGAGUCAACUCGUGCAGCGUUCCAGUCUCCUGCCGCCCCUGCUGCUAAGGCCUUCGUUUCAGAGACCGAAAGCCCAGGGCAUGAUGGAGCUAGUGCUCCGGCAUCCCCAGAUCCACCGUCAGAGAGCAAGACAGGACGAGGAACAUCUGCACCGGCAGGGGAAACAUCCCCACCUGCCUUUGUAGCCGGGAGGGAAGAGGUUGGGUCAUUAGGACCCGCAGAGACUGAGAGAGAGGGGCUCCCCCGAAGGGCGUUUUCUAGCAUUACUGGUUCUGCUCACCCGGCUUCAGAGAGCGAGAGAGUUACUGCCCCUGCAGCUCCGGAAGGAAGAGAGGAAACCCCAAUAUCUGUGAUUGAUACCCAGAGCCAACCAAAUCCCUUGCCCUCUGACGCAGAGCAGAGUCUGGCUAACACAGAGGAGCUACCUACGGGAGAUCCGGGGGCUUUGUCCAGUGCCAGAACUUCCCCUCAUUCCUUUCUAGAGCCUGGGACGGUGACAGCCAUACCUACGCCGUCGGGAGAAACGGCCCCGUCUGCCAUCCCAGCUCCCAGUGACAUCCCUGCCGAGCCGUCCAUUUCAGAGAGUGAAAGUACAGGAUCCUCCUGGGCUGGAUUCUCUGGUGCUCCCAGUUCUCCACAGGCCCCUCCAGACGCUGCAGUAGGGACAGCCCCUGUUGCUGCUGGGGCAGGAGAGGAACUGGCAAACUCUGCCCAGCCUAGUGUGAAGGGAACACCCCUUGCUCCAUCAGUCCUGGAGUCUGCGUCACCCGCUGCAGCAGCCAAAGGUCCUGCGGGAGUAAAUGUUUCUGGAGGCUUUGCCAGUGGGGUAGCUGCACCUUCCAGUGCAGAGCUAGCAGCCAAUAGGUCAGCGAACGAGGCAGCCACAACAUCUCACGCUGGCACCUGGAGUGAAAGAGAUCCCUCGCCCCGGGGCGCAGAGCCAAAUCCAGCUCCCAUGGGCGAGCUGCCAACCGGAGAACCCAGAGCGUUGGCUAUGGAUUCUCCUCAGCCAUCCUCGGCUCGGGAGACAGCCCUGGCCCCGGCACCCUCAGAAAACGGAGAGGAUAUGGCUAGUCCUGUAUCUGUGGCGCAUGGAGAAACCCCGAUUUCCAACCCCUAUCUCCAGAGUGUGACAAAUCCCUCACCCUCCGUCCCAGAGCUGAGUCCCGGGGACGCAGCAGAGCUGCCUUCAGGAGAAACAGCAGCCGUGGCCAAAGCCGAAGCUUCCCCUCGUGCGCCCUUAGGAUACGGGACCAUGCCAGGCAGACUCACUCCAUCGGGAGGAACGUCCCCACCUGCCUUUGCAUCUCCCAGCGGAGCCCUGGCUGAGCCGGAAACGACGGGCGAUGCAACAAACGGAUUGUCCGGUGCCCUCAGGGCUCCCUGUCCAGCCCCCACAAGGGAGACGUCGGCAGCCAGCGAGGGAACGUCCGCGCCCGUCUUUGUAGUGCUUGGGGACCCGGCCUCUCUCCCCUCCAUCUCACACUCACCGGGAGGCCCCAGCGCCAUGGGUUCUGCUCCUCUGUCUUCAGCUGGUGAGAGAGAAGGAAGGGGAGACGCGGCUGCAGCCAACGAGGAAACCACCACCUCUAACCCCGAUGGCCAGCCUGCGGAGGCGAGUCCAGCAAGCAGGGCAGAGCUGCCCCCGGGAGAAGGAGGUGUCUCGGCCAAUGCUGAGACCUCCCCAUAUUCACCCUCAGGAGAUGGGGGAGCCACAGGAAUACACGCCCCGUCAGGGGAAACAUCCCCAGCUGCCUUUGCCUCUCCCGGUGAAACCGCUGCUGGGCCCUCAGCUCCAGAGGCUGCACGGCCAGAUCCUUUGUUUUCUAGUGCCCCGGUGCCCGUCCCUGCCUCUCCUGAGGGGCCGACAGUAACUGGGCCCGCUGGCGUUACGAAAGAAGCAGCCGUCUCUGCCAGUGACUCAGGAGUCCCUGCAGCAUUACCAGGACUGGAGGCACGUACCGGGCAAUCGCUAACAACGCUACGCCUGGCCACCUCUCGUGCUCCCUCUGCCACGGGAUCCCACUCCCCUUCCCUCCAUGCGGAGAAGGGGAAAAUGCCCCCAGAACGGGGGGCUAACCUGGGUUCGGCUGGUGCACCGCAGGUGCCAGCUGCCACCACUCCAGCACUCUCCAGAGGACGGGCAGAGACACCGUUCCCCUUCUUGGGAACAACAGCAGCCCUUCGGUCCGAUACUAGAGCAGGGUCUGACCAGGAGCGAACAGCGUCUGUUUCAGCUGGAACCAGAGAAGCCACUACAAGUGGUACAGGACAGUCAGCUACACUUACAGCUGUGCCACUGUAUCCGUAUGGAGCAAAGGAAACCGAUAAGCAAUUCGUGGAAAGAAGAAUGGAUUUUAACUCCCCUGUGUUCAAACCCGAGAUUGGGUUCCCACUUGGGAAAACGCUGCGUGAUUCCCUAUACUUUACAGACAAUGGACAAAUCAUUUUCCCAGCCUCGGACAGUGACGUGUUCCCGUCUCCAAACCCACCUCCCGGAGGAUUUACUGGCCAUGAGAAAGUACCAAUGGUCGCUGUGUUUUGGGCUAACGCGGAUUUCUCCGAAGGCGUUGGCACCAUGUUUUACCAGGAGUUUGUUACUCUGGAUUCUGCCGAACACCCGUUUGUCCAAGACGUGGAGGCCAAGAUUCGGCGAUACCUGAAGACUUCGUACUCUGCAAAAUGGACCCUUAAGAUCACCUGGGAGAAGGCCCCGGCCUUUCCAGCACGGCAGCCUGUCACUCGGACAAACACAUACCAGGCUGUCCUCACCACGGAUGGAAUCAAGUCUUAUGUCCUCAUCCUUUACCAAGAUGGCGGCAUGCAAUGGGAUUACACCAAGAUGGGUUUGACCAAUGUGCUGAUGGGCUACUCCAGCGGGGAUGGAUUUUACCGAAAUGAUGAUCUGACCCGAAGGCCCCCAGCCGCCAAAUAUCGCCCCGACCAGGUCAGAGGCUACAACACAGAUCUGCGUGGGCUGUGGAUAUACAGUCUAGCCAGUCAUGUGCGUGUGAACUACAGACUGAGGUGUCUGGCCUGGCUUAGCACCCAGCAAGAUCCAGCGGGUUGGAACAAGGAUCUGCCAUCCUGCCCUUGCUCUCUGCGACAUGGAGCGUUGGAUCGGCACUACCGACAGAGCCGAGGAGGUUUGGCGGACGACCGUGUGACGAUGCUGUAUCCAGCCUCCCCAAACCAAUACGGCGCCGGUGUCCGCUGUCUCUACAACAGCCAGAAUGAGCUCGUUGACGGGCGGCAGGAGAGAUCCUGGAAGGACUCACGCCAAGUGUCCCCCGACCGUGAUGCAGAGUUAAAGUUGCAUGACUGGUGUUGCCGGCAGGCGGGGAGCCCCCAGCUCUGUGCUAAGUACAGUCAGAAGAGACCAAAGAUCAGCUGUGCUGGAUACAGGCUGCCAAACCAAACAAGGUCCUCAGAAGAGGCAGAGAGCUAUUCCGAGGAAGGAAGAGAUUGAGACUCCAUCUGCUCCAGGCCUUUGGCUGUUCUCCACGGCCACCCUCGCCCCUGCUUCGCUAAAUGGGACCAGUAAAGAACCCGUAACACGAUGUGAGAUCUCCUCCGUGGAGUGUAGGGCUGAAGCGUUCCCGAUUCGCAGAGCUGGUGGGAUGCUCUGGGGGGGAAAUCCGGCAGGUUUUGUAAGAGGGCGUCCGUGUUACCCAAAGAGCAAUUCCUCUUUGCAAAUAAAGACUUGGAAGAGUAUUCGCACCAGUGA